AUGACCUCUCCCAAUCCAGCCGACCAUCCGCUGCCCAUAUCGCCAGAUCCCAAUACUUCCCCUAACACCACCACGCUUCCACUCGCCUUGCCGCCGGACGCACCAGACUUGACCGCUCCUCCUUCUGAUCCUGAGGCCGAAGCUCUCAUCGAAUCAUUACGAGCUUCUCUCGCUGCCGCUCAACAAACCAUAUCCACCCAGACUACUCGACUAUCGAGCUUAUCCGAUGUCGAGACUGAAUUGAGUCAAUUGAAAGAUCAAUAUGCCUUUCUAUCAGCGGCAAAGGAAGCUGUGGAGUCGCAAUUACAAGAAGAGAUCAAGAAGAGGGAAGUCGCCGAAGAGAAUGUAGAGAUGUUGAGAGGGCAGGUCGAACAGGCUAGAAGAGGAGUCAUGGUCUUACAGAAACAGGAAGCAGAUAGGAAAAGGAUGAGUAUAAUCUCUGGAUAUUCCACCGCUGGAGGUGUAUUGGGUUUAGGUUUGAAUGGUGAGGAAGAAAUCCUGAAUUCGACCUUAGGAGAUAGCUCUAGUAUGAAUUCGAGAGACAGUAAAUUGGUCAAGAGACAAUCAAUAAUGAGAUCACACAGAAGACAAUCAAGUCAAUCUGAACCUUCACUCGACCAACUGCAUGAACGAGGAACUUCAUUAGUCACUUCCCCAAAUAUGCAAAACCCCCGCGAAGCUGGUAAUACCCUUAGACCAAUUGGACAAGGAGGAUUGAGAGAAUUGCGAUUAGGUCAUUCACCUUCUUCAGCAACUAUCCCAACUGCCACUCUACCUUCGCCCAAUGUCCCACUUACUAGUAGUAAUCCACAUCAAUCUGGAUACUUUGACGACCAAGCUUCUGAACCCCCUUCAUCUGAACAAUCCAAAACGACCGAAUUACCAUCUAAGAAAGAGAUUGAGGCUAUUGAAGAAGCCACCAGACUUCGAAAUGAAUUACUGGCGUUACAGAACAAGUUGGACGAAAGUGAAGAAGCUAGAAUAGCAAGUGAAUCAUGUUUGAAAGCCUUACGGGAAUUCAUGGCUCAAGAUCCCAAUGCUGGUCCAUCAGGAUCUGGAUCGGGAUUGAAUGAAGGAGGAGAAAUGACCAUGUCAACUGCAGAACUGUUGAAAGGAAUAAGAUUACCUCCUUUACCUACUGAUAGAGAUGCGGAUGAAGAGCAGAGAAACGCAGAAGCUGAAAGGGCGAAACUUGCUCCUGCUACGGGAGGAUGGGGUUUCAAGUUAUGGAAUGCUAAAUCGAGUCCAUCAGUAACUCCGCCUGGGAAAGAGUUACCUCUUGGAGCGGUAUCACCACAGCAGAAAACAUUAUCACCUAUCGAAAAUCGUUCUAGAGCAGGAUCGACGGCUACUGUCUCGCCUAUGCCUACCGCUACGGAUGAUGUUUCAACACCCACAAGUGGAUUGACAAGUUCGACGACUGUUAGUUCGCAAACACCUUUAAGUAGUUUUGUAUCUAAUUGGACAAAAGGAGUGACCAGCCCACCUACUACCGCAUCUACUUCUUCACCUCAGACUGAACGACCGAGCAGUACGAGGAAAAUUAGCGUCACCAAUUUUUUCUCUCGAGGUGCCAAGAAAGAGGUGCAAUCUUCUACUACACCUGAAGCUGUUAAGGAACAGGGAGAAGAGAAGGAGUUACCUACUCCACCUACUGAGUUGUUGUCAGAUGAUAGAUCAAAGGUCAGCCUGGAACCUAGUCCCGAAAUCAGUACGAGAGAGUUGCUAUUUGAUGAUUCCAAGCGAUACUCCAAGGGGACUAGUGGGACUACAGUGACGGAACUUGAGGAUGAGUUGGGUACACCCCAUAGUAGCUUAAAGGGCGUGGGUGUUGGGGUGGAGGAUGAGGUGAGAGAUGAUGGCGAUAAAGGGAAAGACAAGAUGGAGGAGGUCGCUUUGUGA